CUCACAUUUGGACAUUUCACCCCCUGGGAUUCACUGGUAGUCGUAGUGGGAUGGGUACCGACCUGACCUUCUCCUCUCGGAGGUCUCCUGUGGUAUGUUUGCACGGAUGUGUGGCGUCCAGCCAGCAGAUAGCUUCUGUCGUGGGACUGGAUGUCUUGAAGAAUGGUGGCAAUGCAGCAGACGCUGCGGUAGCUAUAGCAGCAGCUCUGGCGGUGACAGAGCCGGGAAGCACUGGGCCUGGUGGAGAUGCUUUCUGCUUGUUCUACAAUGGAAACACUGGAGAGAUCAAAGGGAUUAAUGGAAGUGGUCGUUCCCCUCAAGCUCAGACCCUGGACUUCAUGGAAGGGCGUGGUUAUACUGCAGAGGCCCCUCCUUCAUUGUUUGAUGCCUUGAAUGUGACUGUGCCAGGGGCCCCUGCAUGCUGGUGUGACACUGUGCAACUGUUUGGAAGUCAAAAGCUGUCCCUGCGUGAGGUGCUGAGUGGGGCAGUGAAGCUUGCAGAGGAGGGAUUUCCUGUUGCCGAAGUCACAGCUUACCACUGGGCAAACUCGGUGUCGGCUCUACGAGAUGCUGGGAAGGAAUUAGGUGGGGACUUGCUGAUUGAUGGUCAUGCACCCAAAUGUGGACAAAUAUUCAGAAACACUUCCCUGGCUCAAGUCCUGAAGGCGCUGGGUGAACAUGGUAAGCCAGCGUUUUACCAGGGAAGAGUUGCCCAAGCCAUCGUUGAUACCAUCAGCCUGAACGGCGGAGUCAUGACAUUAGAUGACCUCCGCUGCCAUGACAGUGAGAUCGUCACACCUAUAAGCACGGACUAUAAGGGUGUGCAGCUGUGGGAGCUUCCUCCCAACUGUCAGGGACUGGCCGCCCUAAUGUUGCUCAACAUACUGGAGCACUUCCCUCAACUCCAAGCCGUAGGCCAUAAUAGUGCCGACUAUAUCCAUGUCUUGGUGGAGGCUAUUCGUUUGGCACAAACAGAUGCUUGGCGCUAUGUGAGCGACCCUGAUCAUGUGACCAUCCCUUUGGAAAGCCUAAUGUCCAAGAGCUACAGUCACCAGCAAGCGCAGCACAUAAGCAUGGACAGGGCGAUGGAGCGCGUGGAGCCUGGCCAAAAGACAGGAAGCGACACUGUCUAUUUCUGCGUAAUUGACAGCCAUGGCAACGCAUGUUCAUUUGUCAACAGCAUCUAUGCAAACUUUGGGACGGGGCUCGUCCCAAAAGACUGCGGCUUUUCACUGCAGAAUCGUGGUUCCAGCUUUUCCUUGUGCCGUACCAGCAGUAACUGUGUUGCUGGGGGGAAAAGGCCAUUCCACACAAUAAUUCCUGCUCUGCUGACUGACUCCCCAGCCAAAUCACAGAAACCACGACUCCUUGCUGCUUUUGGGGUGAUGGGGGCUUUCAUGCAACCACAAGGGCACAUCCAGGUCUUAUUGAAUAUGUUGGAGUUUGAAAUGAAUCCCCAACAAGCUUUGGAUGCACCAAGAGUAUACGUUCAUUAUGACCACAACGUCAAUCAGUGGGUGGUCAAUUUGGAGGAAGGAAUCAAUCAGGAGGUGGCCAAAGAACUGCAACGUCGGGGUCACAAAGUCAACUGGCCAGUUACAGGACACAAGAGGUCUCAGUUUGGACGGGGACAGAUCAUCACGGUCGGGGACUGGUGGAAUCUGUCUGUCUCUCGUGCUGCUCAUCCUUCCCGGGUGCUGUGGGCGGGAUCAGAUCCUCGAGCUGACGGAUGUGCUCUAGGAUACUAGACGACCUUUGACCAUUUUCAGUUCUUGCAAUAAUCAGACAAAUCAACCAGAAACUACUUGAAAAGAAAUUCCCACGAGCUGAUUUUAGAGCACUGGUUCACUGUCAUUUUGAAGAUGGACACCAUUGUUUGUUAUAAUUAACUUGAUCAUUUUGCCAAAUAAUUGAUUGGUUGGGUAUUGAUUGAUAAGUCAAGUUUAUUGAGGCACACAUAUUAAGGCCACUGCCAUAACAAGUACGAAGCUACUUGGUGAGGCUCCUGAUUUCAUCGUGCUCUGAUAUCAGUAUUGAUAAAAUGCUUCUGUUCUGCAAUUUCAGUCCAUCAAUUUUUAUCUUUGGGAUUUGAGACAAACUUCAGAGGGUUGUGUAAUAUGAGAAAGAUUUCUCUCAGAGAUUUAAACAUAAGUGUAUGAAUUUUGAAAAAAGACAUUACAGCUUGUGAUUUUAUUUUAUUUUAUUACAUUUUUUGUGACCCUUGUUUGUUCUUAAAUCUGGACCCAUAAAUAGGAAGAUAGAAUAGUGUGCUACAUUACUUUCAUAAAAAUGGUUUCAUUUCAGCUCAGACAUAAUAGUGAGUUAUUUUCCCAGCCUGUGAUCCUGUGUUUGUCAUUUUAGUGAUAUAAAACAUAGUUAUCACAAUAAUGA